CUACCGUUACGUUGGAAAGUUUGGGGGCUUCAACGGGAUCUACAUACCGAGCGAGGCCCCUCUCCUGGUAAAUCACGUGUCGCUAGUGGAUCCCACAGACAGGAAACCCACCGAGACAGAAUGGCGGUACACAGAGGAGGGGGAGCGGGGGUGAGAGUGUCGCUGAGAACGGGCCGCAUCAUCCCCAAACCCAUGUACCAGAGACGAGACGGGAUCAUCCCGGAGCAGUGGAAAGAUGGCCCCAAAGACACCUCUGUGGAAGACGCUUUAGAGAAGACCUACGUCCCAUCACUGAAAACAUUUCAGGAGGAGAUUCUGGAGAAAAUGGGCAUCGAAGAGAGCAGAAGGCACAGGAAGUCCUUCUGGUAUUAA